GUGGGUUAGAUAUUUAACUCUUCCUCCUUUUCUUAUGGCUGAUAAAUAACCUAAUAAUUUUUUAAAUAACCUGAUAACUUACUGGACUUUUACAGACCCUUUUUAAAGGACUGGACUAAUCACCUGAAUCCACCCUUAGAACCAGUUUCUCAACUCAAGCCUGUUAACAGGAACAAGAAAGAUAUUCUUGGGACUGUGAUGGAGGAUGCUCAAGAGAUUGGCAAGCUUGGAGCCAAAUCCACACAGCACACUUGCCACACUGCUCUGAAGAAGCCUUCAAAUACAUCUCAGAGAGCAGGAGGGGUGUGUCCAGUGCAGCCAGGGAACAAUGCGAUGUUUCCUGCAUCUGUACAGACUAGAGACAUGCUCCCAUCUUCAAGCUCUGGUCAACUAAAUCCAGGCAGGAGCCAGAAGUUUGCACAGGAGUCUGUCACUGCAGCAGAACCUCAGGUGGGAAGUGACCACCCUCUUCCAGGAGCACCUCACACCCUGAAUGUGGGGCUGCAGGACAGGCUUGUCUGCAACAAGGAAAACCUCAGCCCACAAGCCUCCACAUCCUCAGAGCUGAUCAACACUUUCCAACCUAGUGAAAACAGUCUUAAGAAGGAGAGAGUCUUGGUCCACAGGCAAUGCCCAGCUGUAAUGUCAAGGCCCAUUCUGGGUCCAAAAGGCAGAACGAGUAACCACCAGCCUAAGGAAAACCCAAUUCUGGAUAAAUUUAGGAAAGCCCUGCCAGAAUCAAAGAGCAUGUCUCAAAAUACAACUAUCAGAACUCAGCCACUGCAGCCCUCUCAGUUCCUUCCUACUUCUGCUAAUUUGAUACAUAAAAGCCCAGGGACAAAGCAGGGAGAAAGGACUGCUGUGAGGCAACCUGUCACAGCUCCAAGGGGAAGUCUUAAGCAGCACAGCCAGCCUCACCCAGUGAGAUUUCCUGCCAAGCCUCCCACCUUGGGCAAGCCCCAGGGGAGCACAAUCCUGAAAUCCAACCUGAACCCAGGUGUCACUUUGCCAUGGCCAAGGCCCAUGCUUAAAGAAGUGAUGGGCAGGAAGGACAUGAAGGUGAUGCCUCCUCGACACAUGGCAGCAUCCCAAGGAACAAGUCACCCAAACCAGUCUCCCAGCAUACACAACUCCAAAACUCACAUCUCUGAGGAUGAUUUGAGAAGUAGGAGAGAACAGCUUAAACCAGAGCUGUCCAAGGCAAGUGGCAUGCAGGCUAGGCGCGUUCCAAGGAUCCCAUCAGCUCCAGAUCGUAAGAAAGAGCUGGAGGAAUGGGUGGCAUCCAAAGGCAAGACCUACAAGCGGCCACCGAUGGUGCUGCUUCAGAAGCAGGCAGUGAAGCCAUCCUGCAUAAAGGUCAAAGCAAAGGAGAAACAAGAAAAUCCAGAGAAGCGCUGCCAAGAAAAGAUCAACAAUAUAUUAACUGAAUGCCAGAAGCUCAUUGAGGAGGGUGCCCAUGCAGAGGAGAUCUGGGAAAUGCUGUCCCUUGUGCCCCAGGCAGAGAAAUUUGCCAAAUUUUGGAUCUGCCAAGCAAAGCUGCUGGCCCGGAGUGGCCCCUUUGAUGUGAUGCAGCUGUACGUAGAAGCAGUCUGUGCUGGGGCUGAGGUGAGUGGGACAUGGCACCUCCCUAUGUUCCCUGUCUCCGUUCUGGAGGGCUUCCUCGAGAUCCAGGCGCCAGGUUUUGGAAUGAGCUUAGCAACAUUAGCCUCUGGUGAAGAAGUCCUUUAG